AUGUGGAAAGAGUAUCUCCCUGACGACGAGCAUCGUCUUGCCAGUCAAGUGUUUGCACUGUUGACGAAUGACCAUGAUGAUGAGAUAUCGCGCCGUGCAGACGUCCGUGCCAAAGCGUUUGAAGAUGUUAAAAGAGAGCGAUAUUUAAAACUAGUUGAAGAAAGAGAAGCAGAGUCGACAGCAAAAUGGGAGCAAGAGUUUAGCAAAGCUAUCAAAACAUCGAUAGCCAAUCGUCCUCCCACCAGGCUGUCGCCUGAGGAAAAGGCACUCUAUUUACGCAUCAUAGCAGAUCCAUCAUCUGCUACACGGGCUGACAAGAACCAAGUCUAUGAGAAACCUCCACCUGACGAAGAAGACCGUUUGUGCAAAGAUAAAGUUGGCAUUACGAUGGAAGAGCUCAGACACAAGGCGCUGUCCAAUCCAGACACCCUGACGGAAGACGAGUGUGACAUUCUCGCCUACGGGUUUACCAAGCGGGAUGAAUCUAGUGGCAAACCCAGUUUUUGGAAGUCCGACCUUGUUGAAGACGACAUGGAGCUUUCCCGUCAAGUGGAUGAAAUCUUGUACACUCAAGAAGAUAUCGAGAUACAGCGCCGUGCGCAACACCGCCAUCACGAUUUCGACGACGUGAUAGAAGAGCGACGUAAAAGAAAAAGACAGCAACAAAUCGAUGAGCGAGCCGCAAAGAUGAGGGCGGCCCAGCCUCGAUGGCUUAAUCACAUGUCCGAUGCAAAGUUGUCGCGAUGGGGCUUUGUUGUUUUCCGGACAGCGUACAGCGAAGGAACUGAACAUGAAUGGGAAGAGUUUCAAUGGGCUUAUCUUUGUAAUAAGGAUGCACAGCUCUAUAAAGGCUGGAGAAGGGCGUCCAAUUUUUGCUCUCUUCAUCAACCGCUUCUAGUCAGUGACUCAUCACUUGAGGGAGCAGGUGUCCAUGUUUUGCGGCAGCGGUUCAAGGCCAUGCGAGAGCAGAGCGAGAUUCCCGCUGGCAUAGCGACAGAUUGCUUUCUAAUAGCGGAUCAAGCGGCUCUUGACAAAGCGCUUCUCUCCUCAGAGGUCGAGUAUCAACCGAAAGCUCAGGGCGAACCAGAUCCAUGGCAGUCUACAUUUUCUAUAAGAGCUGUUAAUCCAGACUAUGACGCUUCGAUACCCAUCCCAUCUGAGGGAGAUUUGGCCAGCUACGAAGGGGAGAUUACAAUCCCACUCCCCAAAGUCUUUGACUGGCUAUACUACUGUUUCCUUGCCAAAAGCGAAGAUUGGGAGACCAGAUACAAAUUGGUGAAAGGAGGCCCAGCGGAAAUGAUGGUCAGUACGAUUCUUCCCCUGUUUGUUUCUUAG